AUGCCCCAGUCUCUCGUGCACGAGUUUCUCGAGCAGCGUGCUUCGGGCACCAAGCUCGGCGCCGCCCUCAAAGCAGCCGCAUUCCAAGCCAAGCCUCCAGACAUUGAGCUUGGCCAAGUGGAAGACUCGAAGCCCAAGUUCAAGCUUUGGAAAGUGCACAUGCGUGGGCUCGCGGAUGACGACCCCGUCGAUUGGUGGUUCGCGUCGACGGGGAUACCGAUUCUGGCGGCGACCUUGGGCCCGCUAGCCAAUGUGCUGAGUAUCGGCGCCCUUGUCACGUAUUGGAGGAUCGAUCUGGCCGACGAGGCGAACCCGGGCCGGCUGCUGUCGCCUCUUCAAGGAGUUUAUAUCAAGGAUCCUACGUGGUGCUACGCGGUCAAUCUCACCUCUCUGGUGCUAGGCUUUAUAGGGAACUUGUUCCUACUGCUGAACUUCACACAGCAGCUGCGAUACCUGAUCGCAUUACCCUUGACGGUUGUGAUGUGGUUCAUUGCCUGUGGCAUGCUUAUCGGCGACCUUUCGGCCAUGAAGGUAUACGCCCCCCCAGAACCACCGUAUGAACAGUUCUCCGGUGGCUUUUGGUACGGGGUGGCAGCAGCUUGCAUGUAUUUACUUCUGGCAACGCUCCUGCUGGUUAAUAUGGUAGGCUAUAUUCGUGGGCAUUACCCACAGCAUUUCCACCUUACUGAAGAGCAGAGGACCCUUAUUGUGCAGACUAUGAUGUUCUUUCUGUGGCUUGCCGGAGGUGCUGGCGUCUAUUCGAGACUGGAGAAGUGGCAUUACAUUGAUGCACUCUACUACUGCGACGUGACAAUUCUUACCGUCGGGUUCGGUGAUCUUUAUCCACUGACGAAUGCUGGACGGGCGAUCCUUAUACCUUACUCCGUUGGCGGUAUCAUCACUCUCGGUCUCGUCAUUCAGGCCAUCUACAAAUCCGUUCAAGAGCUCGGAGAGAAAAACAUCAUACGCCACCAUUUCGAGCAGCAACGCGAGCGCGCAAAGGACCGGACCGUCAGAUCGAGCCUGGAGAUGCAGAGGCGCGAAAUCGAGAUCGAACUUGCCAAUGAACGCGCUAUGGCAAAACAAGCAGCCCGACCAAGCGCGCGAAGUACGGGCACGGCCAAACAUUACAAAUCUGUUCUGGAACGACAAAAUAGCAUGUCCAGCUUCAAAGCAGGUGGAACGCCCAGUCUAGCAUUGAGUCGGCAAUCCUCGAUGCUGAAGAAGAGCAAGCGCAUUGUUCUUCUCAAGGAAGAGAAGGAGCGCUUCGAAGCCAUGCGUAAUAUCCAGCGCAAGGCGAAGACCUGGAGGCUGUGGUAUCGGCUCGUCGUGAGCUUGACUGUCUUUGGUUCACUAUGGUGCAUAGGGGCUGUAUUUUUCUGGGUGGCUGAGAAGGGGUUGACUGGUCAAACCUAUUGGGAAACCAUAUAUUUCUGCUGGGUUGCAUUGCUAUCCAUUGGAUACGGCGAUUUUGCACCAAAAACAGGUAGCGGAAGGUGCUUCUUCAUCAUAUGGAGCUUGCUGGCUGUUCCUACCAUGACUGUGCUCGCAGGAGACUUGUCUUCCACAGUGGUGGAAGCUUUUAAUCACGGAUCAAAUAGGCUGGCGGAUCUUACGGUCAUGCCGCAGAAUGGGCUAUGGAGAACGGUAAUAAAUAAACGGUCACCUCUCCUUCUUUUUGCGCCAAAAUGGUUAAGACCGGCUACGGAGGCUGAUCGCAGCCAGACCAAACAAGAGUCCAAAGAUUCGAAUAUGAAUGGUGAUGGAACAACUCAAGACCCUGGGCGUCUUUACCGCACGAGCACCACACAGUCUGAAAAGGAUGAGGAGUAUGCCGCCGGUACGAGGAAGGCUGAAAUUGUCGACCUAGUAGAUCAGCAGGAGCGCGAUGCAUUUAGUCAUCCUGACGCUACGGCGCUCGCCCGGCAACUCGCUCUCGCUAUCCGUCGUACAGCGCACGAUUUGAUGAUGGAAAAACCCCGAAAAUACACGUACGAGGAAUGGGUCGAGUUCACACGCCUUAUCCGGUUUAGUGCAGUAGGAGGUCCUGCAGAAGGACUUCGAGAAGAGGAAGAGGGCAUGAUUGAGUGGGACUGGAUCGGUGCAGAUUCUCCCAUGAUGAACGAGACAUCGGAGAGUCAAUUCGUUCUGGAGCGGCUCAUCGAAAGUUUGGUUCGGUAUCUGAAACGCAACCGGCCAACAAAGGAGUUCUCCGAGACUUUGAAGGAGAGAGGGGAAGAGGCAUUGAAGCUAAAAGGAGGCUCAGCACCAGAUGAGGACGAUGACAGCGUGAUAUUACCGAGGAGUAGUGCGAAUAGCGUAGAUACAAGAAGCGUUAGGAGCUGGACAGGCAGUGCAUUGUCUAUUGGUGGCGGACAAGGUGCUACGUCGAUAGGUGCCUUGCAGCCACUCCACGAACAUGAGGACGAGCAUAUACAUGCUGGCCCACACCGAACGACUCGUUACCGAGAGGUCACGAAGGAAGAAGUUAACUAA